AUGGGCAUCUCAAACGGUAUCGGCGCAUUUGCCGGUGUUAGUGGCUUUAUCUUGGAACAUCUCGUCGCUGCUCAGGGUAAUGCAGUGGGCUGGAGGAUAUCGUUUCUCAUAGCGGCUGGUGUUGACCUGACCGCGUUAAUCACAUUUGCGCUAUUCGCCAAAGGUGAACUACAGGAAUGGGCGAAGGAGGAGGAACCACAACAAACGAUGCAAGAUAUCGUCCGAAGACUAUAUAUCUCGGUCGAUUACGGUCGAUUUCGUUCAGUGUUCCGAAUUGAUCCAGUAGCCGGGGUCCAGAGUGCGGCGGAGUUUCCUCCUCUGUGCAAAUGA